CCUUCUUCCUUACUUCACUCCUAUAUCCCUUAUUUCCUCUUCACAAACUCCUCACCUUCCUUUUUCUUUCAACUUCAUCAAAUUACUAGUGUUUCAUUUUCUUUCUCCUAAACCCCUAAAAAAAAUGGCAGCUACAAUGGCAACUACUACAAUGGCAGCACUCAAUGCAAAAUCCUUGACUCUUAGCAACAAGUCAACAAUUCCAUCAUCUACAACAAAGCUCAUUUCAAAGCCCAUUUCUCUCCCAAAAUUACCCACCACCGGCCCAAGCCCAAUAAUCACGGCCCCAGCAAUCGCCGGAGCAAUCUUCGCCACAUUGGGCUCAGUGGACCCAGCAUUUGCGGCCCAACAACUAGCCGACAUCGCCGAGGGAAGUGACAACCGUGGGCUGGCCCUAUUGCUGCCGAUUGUACCAGCUAUUGGGUGGGUCCUGUUCAACAUAUUGCAGCCUGCUUUGAAUCAGAUUAACAAAAUGAGGAAUGAGAAGGCUGUUAUUGUUGGGCUUGGGCUUGGGCUUAGUGGGCUUUUGUUGGCAACACCAGAGGCCCAAGCAGCAAGUGAGAGUGCUGGGAGUGAUAAUAGAGGGACACUGUUGUUGUUAGUGGUGUUGCCUGCAAUUGGUUGGGUGCUUUUCAAUAUUUUGCAGCCUGCUUUGAACCAACUUAAUAAGAUGAGGUCUCAAUAAAAAAAAAAGUUUAGCUUUAUUAAUGUUAAUUAAAUAAAAAAAAAUUGUGUUAUUAUUGUUAUUAUAAUAUUUUUGUUUUUUUUUUUGGGGUGAUUGUGCUAGGAAAUUACUUGUAAUAUUCUGUUUAAUUUCUGGCACUGUAAUGUUAAUUAACCCUUUUUCUAUCA